CCUUCCCCCUUCACACCUUCUCUAUCUCUCUGUUCGUCCCAUUACACCUUCGCAUUGCGUCUAGUUCCUGCGAAUUUCUUCCGGCUUUCUUUCCCAAUCCGAAGUUCCGAACCAUCCAAAACCGCGGCUUCUGCUGUAUCCUCUGCCGUCCUGUUGCGCACCCAAGAAAAUCACCAGGAAUCCAGCAAAGUGUCGCGCGGCUUCUGUAUUUGAAAGCGGUGCAAAAAGGUUGCCUAUCUUGGGGGGCCGGGAGAUGGGGAGGAGGAUGCGGCACGCCAUUGCCGCUCUCGGCGCCGCGUGCGCGGCCGCGGCCGUCGUCGUCGUCGCGGCCGACCGAGGCUUCUCGCCGGCCUCCGCCGCCGCCGCCACCGUUGUGGCGCCGGAGGAGGAAAUCAGCCUCCUUAACAAGAUUGCCGAUUUCAUGUGGCGGAGCGAUGGGAAUUCGUACCAGCACGUUUGGCCGCCGAUGGAAUUUGGAUGGAAAAUGGUGCUGGGAUCACUGAUCGGGUUCUUCGGCGCGUCCUUUGGGAGCGUCGGCGGCGUUGGUGGCGGCGGGAUCUUUGUUCCCAUGCUGACUUUGAUCAUCGGUUUUGAUCCCAAGUCGUCGACUGCCAUGUCCAAGUGUAUGAUUACAGGUGCAGCAGUUUCAACUGUGUACUACAAUCUCAAGCUGAAACAUCCAACUUUGGAUAUGCCGAUGAUUGACUAUGACCUAGCAUUGCUAAUCCAGCCUAUGCUAAUGCUUGGAAUCAGCAUUGGUGUUAUUUUCAAUGUUAUAUUCCCUGACUGGCUGGUCACAGUUCUGUUGAUAGUCCUUUUCCUAGGCACAUCAACUAAAGCUUUUCUGAAGGGUGUCGAGACAUGGAAGAAAGAGACCAUAAUCAAAAGGGAGAUUGCAAAACGGUUGGAGCAAAUCAGUGAGGAACCAGAGUAUGCACCACUUCCUACAGGACCAGGUGCUACAGUUGAUGCAAAAAUCCGAUCUGAUGAAGCGCCAUCGCUUAUGAACAACAUUUACUGGAAAGAGUUUGGUCUUCUCACGUUCGUGUGGCUAGCAUUUCUUGCAAUUCAGAUCACAAAGAACUACACUUCAACUUGCUCCACGUGGUACUGGGUUUUAAACUUUCUCCAGAUCCCAGUAUCAGUAGGAGUGACUAUGUAUGAAGCACUGGGCCUGAUGAACGGGAAGAGGGUUCUAUCAUCAAAGGGAAGUGAACAAACCACCCUGAAAUUUCAUCAGCUCUGCAUAUACUGCUUCUUCGGUGUCAUGGCGGGGCUUGUCGGUGGUCUCCUAGGUCUUGGAGGUGGCUUUAUCAUGGGGCCACUGUUUUUAGAGCUCGGCAUCCCUCCACAGGUUUCAAGUGCUACAGCCACGUUUGCGAUGAUGUUUUCGGCUUCCAUGUCCGUCGUGGAAUACUACCUCUUGAACCGAUUUCCAGUCCCUUAUGCUGCUUACUUUGUUGCCGUGGCGUUCGUUGCUGCCAUUAUCGGCCAGCACGUGGUAAGGAGGCUGAUUAGCUGGUUAGGGCGGGCAUCACUCAUCAUCUUCAUAUUGGCUUUCAUGAUCUUCGUCAGCGCAAUUUCUCUUGGUGGGGUGGGCAUCUCGAACAUGAUUCAGAAGUUCCAGCACCAUGAGUACAUGGGGUUUGAGAACCUCUGCAAGUAUGACGCGUAGGAUGCAAACAGGCUAAAUUAGAAGAGGUGGAUAAGUCAUGUGCAGUUCGUAAGAAGUGAAAAUAGAAUCAAAUUGAAGAGUCGAUUUGUAUGGAGGGUUCCAAGAUUCAAAUGUUACCCAUUGUAACCAAAUGGUAAUCUAGUUGCGCAAAAGCAUGGAGGGGUGAUGCCUUGGACUAGAGUCCAAAUUAAUUUCCGAGAAUACUAUUUUACCAAUUUCUGUUUUUUUCGUCUGAGGUCAAUUUAGCAUGCUUCACAUUGUAAGAUCUGCCAGAAUAUCAUCCUAGAUGUGCAUUUCAUUGUCAA